UGAUACGUUCGGCUUGCCUGUUCAAGCGCGCUGCUUCAGCAACAACAAUUGCUUUCUAACUUUGCUCUAUAUUUGGCGGCCCAUUUAAUCUUCUGCAGUCAAAGGCAUCUUCAGAAAUGAUGGAAAAACUGUACAAAACUUGUUGCCGAUUAUGUCUGCACGAUGGUUCUAAUCAUCAGCUGCUGGACAUACUUUCUGUGAAAGGAUUAAAAGAAAAUAUCUCUAACAUUUUCAAUAUAGAGAUAGAUACUCGGGAUUGCUGCACUACUAAUGUUUGUUUAAACUGUUUUAACGAGACAUUAAGUAUGGAGAAGCAAUUUCAAUUGUACGAGGAGCAAAAACGAAUAAUACUCGCCAACCAGCUCAGACUGCAGGAAAAUCCUUCAGAAGCAACAAGUGAAUUGGCAUCUAGUGCAUUGGCUAGCUCAGUUGCUUGCAUUGAAGGAGAUGUUGGAGGAAACAAGUCUGUUAAUGCACCGGAACGUUCAAGGAAAGCUUCUAAUGUUGCACCAUACAACCUAAAUUCAAAGAAAGAUCAAUCGAAGAAAACACAGCGUAUCUCUGCUGAUCCAGUUGACGUGAAUUUAGAAGAAACAAAAACCCAACAAAACAAAUCCAUGACCAAAACCAUUAAAGAUAAAACUAAAAAAAUCAAAUUAGUGCAGAAUGCUCCUGCCAAGACGAAAACAUCAUGCGAAGAGUCGGUGCAGGAAAAAACCCCGACUCCAAAUGUGGUUGUUGUUCCUGUAGCAAACCUCCAACAACAAUUGGAGCAAUCUCAGAAAGAACAAACCGAAAAUGCAAAUGAAUGCACAAAUGCUACAGAUUCCAAUGAAUCGCAAAGACCAAAACCGGGGAUAGUUGUAACAGGAAUAUUGAAAAGAAGAAUUGAAAAACUGCAGAAUCUUGCUCCUGUGCAAAGUAAAAGCUCUAUUAAUAAUACUACCUUGCAUAGGAGUACUGAUGUUAACAAAACUCAGCCUAAUAAUCCUCAUACUGUUGUUUUGAGCUCAUCAAAUAUCGUUCAUGAUGCUGUCGAGAGUAAUUCCAUGAAUGCAGUAAAUAUUCAACGACAAGAGGCACAUGCAUCAAAUAACGAACCACCUUCGUUUGUUAUACAAAAGGUUGUUACCUUCCAGGGAUCCACACAAAGCAAAGAAACUACUACGAUUGCUUCAGCUGUUUCGAAUACUAACGGUGGAAUGGUCUGGAUAAAUAGCCCUGUAAACCAACCGGUUACAGUUCAAUCAAAUUAUGGGAACAGUGAAAUGCAAAAUAAGGGGCAAGGUCCAUCUCCUCCAAUGACAGUAUUUAACAUUCCUGCCAUUGCAGUACAGCAAGGUGCAUCGGCUUCCGUUCCGAUGCAUAAUGCACUUACUACUGUUGUCAGUAGUGUAGAUUCGUCUGCUACAAAUUCAAUUUCAGCUUCAUCUACGGCAACUCAAGUAGCAAGAUGUAGUGUAACAACGAUUCUGCCGCAGACCGUUUUUCAAGCCAGAUGUAAUACUCACUCAUCGAUGCCGGCACUUAGUAUAGGUGCUAACGCAUAUCAAGAGUCGCCCUUGCCUGCAAUGAAUAAUGCCAAUGACAGUGCAAUCCAAUCAUCUCUGACCACUAAUAACACAAAUUUUGUUACUGACCAGCAGCCAUCAUCAUCAUCAAACGAAACAACUAGUGAAACCGGAAAUAAUGUUGACAUUAGCAAUACGAGCCCUGCUGCUCUCACCAAAAAACGCCGCCAUAGUACCUACAUACGAGUAUCUUCCAACUUGUUUGAUGAACCUCCAGAAAGAGCACAAUUUGCAAUGUUGAAUAAUAAUCUUUUACUACGAAAUUUUGAAACACAAAUUAAUGCUCCAACCUCAUCGCACAUCGUACGAUUGCCGGUAUUACCCCCUGGUCGCAGAGUACAGGCAGUUCCUAAUCCAACAAUGCUGCCUGGCAAUCAGCAAACUCCACAUCCUUCUUUAAACAACUACCAAUGGCAAAACAAUGUGAAUAAUGUACAUCGUUUGCGCCAUAUAGCUCCCACGUCUACCAAUAUCGCUGGCACUGUAAGAACUUCUGCUAAUUCAGGGACUUUUUCAACAACAGUAAACAGCUCAACUAUCGUUCAGCAACAAUUUUCAGGAUCUAGCUUGAUCCAUCAGGGUCGUGUUGUUUCACAUAAUAGCAAUCUUAAUCAAUUGUCAGUCACUAAUAUUAAUCAAACCGCUGGAAUUGUGGAUCGUACAACAUCUGUUCAGAAUGACUUACUGACAACAAACUAUGAAGUCAAUAGUAGAAAUGCAACCCUCGCAAAAGAUGUUGGUCAACAGCCAAGUCGUCCUUGCUUCAGAUGCAACAUUUGUAAUACUUAUUAUCUAAUAGAACAUAAUCUACAAUCACAUUUGCAUCGCGUCCACAAUGUAGAAAAAACAGAACAGACCUGUUCAAAAGUCUAUGAUGCAAACAUUCUAAACAAAUUACUCACACGCUUUCGACGUAAAUCUAUUGCUGAUCCUUUAACUCUUAGUAAUAAUCGUACGCAGCUAAAUUAGGCUGAAACGUGAAGACUUUUUUUCAGUGGAAUAAUUUUAGUGUUUUCAUUUUGUUUUACUAUGCCAGAAACAUUUAUAUGGUUUGCUUUCAGCUUAUUCUACUUAGAAAUUUAAGAAUUAAAAUUUUGUUUUUGGAAUGCAAAGGAUGAACACGAGUUAAAAAAAACUUUAUGAUAAACAUACAUUUCACCUCAUUAUGGAGGACUUAGAAUUCAUGUUAAUUUUUGAUGUACUAUGAAUGAGUUAAUUUUUGAUGUAAAAAUUAAUAGAUGUAAUUAGGAAUCGAACUUUCAAACCUAACGUUGUUUGCAUGUAACGAAUUAUUUUUUGUAAUGUUUCUCAACUUCCAAAAAUAUCAAUAAAAUGAAGAAAUAACAAAAAAAAAAAAAGAUUCAUAAGCCUUCAUGAAACUUCUUUG